CCCUGAAUGGUUCUUGAAAAGAUGUAGUUAUUUAAUUUCCCGAUUUUUCCCCCCACCCAUGUCGUAACUGGAACGAGAGGCGCUGGAGAAAUCAGCGGUCGGAUGUGACGCCGGGUUAAGUUUGCGGUCCAAGCGUAGGAUGUUUUAACGGAAGAGGUACCUUUGUGGUCCAGAAUUGGAUUUGCAAUGAGGAAAAUAAACAUUCUUAUCCUCCUCUGUAUGGCCAUGGGCUCUGUGCACUGCCGAAAGAGAAGUGCUAAAGUAUUGGAGCUUGGAUCAGAUUUAGGAAUUAAGAUUUUCAAUCAGGUUGUUAGCGCUAAUCCAACAGAAAACAUCAUCUUGUCCCCACACGGAAUUGCAUCAUUACUUUGGACGUUACAUAUGGGAGCUGAUGGAAGAACAAAACAGCAAUUAAGCAAAGCUCUGAAAUACAGCUCACAAGGUACUUACAGAAAGCUCAAAAGGGUAGAGAAGUUGUUAACUGAGAACAGAAAUCAGGAUAUAGUUACUAUUGCUAAUGGACUAUUUGUACCAAGUGAAUCUGAACUGGAGCAAUCCUUUAUUCAGAAAACUCAUGAGAUUUAUCAAGCUUUACUGAGAAAUGUAAAUUUUAAUGAUCCUUUGGUAGCUGCAUCCAUAAUCAAUGAAUGGACCUCAAAUCAAACUAAAGGUAUGAUAACAGGUAUGAUUUCCCCAACAAUUCUUAAUUCUGCGACCAGACUUGUAGUAGUCAAUGCCAUAUUUUUUAAGGGUUUGUGGAAGUCCAGAUUUCUACCAGAAAAUACUCAGAAUGGGAAUUUCUAUGCAGCUGAUGGAAAUGUGUAUCAAGUUCCUUUGAUGUUCCAAAGAUCAGCAUUCAAUUUUGGUAUUACCAACACACCUGCAAAUGUGGGAUAUUAUGUCCUUGAGAUGCCAUACCAUGGCGAGACCAUUAGCAUGUUUAUUGUUCUUCCAGAGAAUAUUGGUAUCCCACUCUCUGAAAUAACUCCUCACAUUAAUACACAAACUAUAAAUAGCUGGAAGAAAAUUAUGACAGGAAAGAAACUUGAACUUUCUAUACCUAGAUUCACUGCUGAAACAGAAACUAGCCUGGAGAAACUACUUCCAUCUUUUGGAAUUACUGACAUGUUUGAUGACACUAAAGCGGAUUUUAGAAAAAUCAGUAGGUCUGGUCAAUUAUAUGUUUCACAAGUCCAACAAAAGGCUAAAAUUGAAGUAAAUGAAGAUGGAACAAAGGCCUCUGCAGCAACAGUUGCUGUUCUGAUGUUUAGGUCAUUCAGGAUCACUCCUCCAUUUACAGUAAAUAGACCAUUUCUCUAUGUAGUCUGGCACAAUCCCACAGGUACUGUCCUCUUCAUUGGGCAAGUUUCAAAGCCAUAAGAAGACAAUGUGGAGAGAAAACUAUUUUUGAAGCUUAUUCAAUGUCAAAUUGCUUCUGAGUUGUUUUUAAAAAGUUCUCUUGUGUAUCACCAAUAACUAUAAUGAAAACUGGUAGAUAAUUCUGUAUAUUUUUUGCCUUGCUUGGAAUGUUUCAUCUGUUAUUGCAGGGUUUCCUAACCAUCUGUAUGCAACCAUGCCUUCUUAAUUCAGUAUUGCUCUAACAUAAUAAUUUGAGUGAAUAUCCAAAUAGAAGUAUAAUUUUUAACAGAAAUUUUGCAUGGAAAUAUUUGUUUCACAGAGGUUUGCUAUAAUAGAAGUAAGCUCUCUACUUGAAGAUAUAAACUAAAGCAACACACACAAAAUGCUGGUGGAAUGCAGCAGGCCAGACAGCAUCCUGAAACGUCGACUGUGCUUCUUCCUAUGGAUGCUGUCUGGCCUGCUGCGUUCCACCAGCAUUUUGUGUGUGUUGCUUGACUUUCCAGCAUCUGCAGAUUUCCUUGUGUUUGCAUGAUAUAAACUAAAGGUGUUUUAUGGUAAUUUGUUAGCUAAGUACUAGUCCCAGAUAACUGAAACAUCCCUUAGUAUUAUCCCUUUGUGUAACAUCGUCUGCAAUCAUCACUCAUGUCGAUAUGGGGAAUUUCCCAUAAAGGCUGGAAAUGGAUUUGUAAUCUUCACAAAUAAUUAAACAGCAAUUCUUAAUGCUCACUUUUAUCAAUUGAGGUAAAUUUUUUUUACUUCUAAAAACUGCAUUGUUGUAUAAGUUGAUCCAAUGUAUUACAUCUCCAGGGGUAAUCUCCCCUCAGUAAUGAAUAGUGUUGUGAAAGGCCACUUCAAUGCAGCAUGCUGAAUAAUUGUAGAGGUCUUACUAUUUGAAUUGACAGAAUGCUUUUAACUUGAUGAUCUAAUAAUUUUUUAUCUAUACUUAAAUUUUAUUGGUAAUGUUAGCAAAUGGGUACUUUAUUGCCUCAUUUACUUAAUCUUAAAGCAUGCAAAUUGUGAAAUGUAGUUGGAAGUCUCAAAUGCCCUUCCAAAUUUGGUUUAUUAAUUCUACCUACUAUCUAUUAAGAAGUGGCUUGUUUUUCUAUGUCUUUCCGAUAGCUGUAUUUUUCAUGGAAAAAUGAGGUUUGGCACAAGUUUUGGGAAACUUCAAGCAAUUUUUGUUUCAAUAAAAUGAAUUUGAUCUACUCUAUUUUGACUGCAAUCAGAUAACAACAGACAUUGGAAAUACUGUCAACUUGUUUUCUCAUUAUAUUGUGAUUAAUGUCCAAAUUGCAGUGCAUAACGUUUUCCAAAUUUUAAACCUGCUAUUUGGACUCCUCCACAGCCUGAGAACAAGUGUAUGAAUAAGAGAAUGUUUUUUUGUGAUACAUAGAUAAAUUUUAUAAUUUCAGUCAAUAAUGGAGAAACAACUUUGUCAGCACAGGGUAGAAAUGUCACUAAAUUGUAUUGUUAGUAUAUUGGAAAUAUUUUAUAAUUGGAUCUGCAAAAUGCUGUAACUCCCACAGUAACUGAACAAAUUCAACCAAGCUGCUUGCUUGUACAGCCUUAAUUGAGAUUAAUUUUUGGACUAUGUCAGAACUGACUUCAAAUGCUGGAACUCCAACAUGCACAAAAUGAUAGAGGAACUCAGCAGGUCAAGCAGCAUCUAUGGAAAAGCGUCUCGGUUCGAAACAUCUCCUUCAGCACUACUUUUCAGAAUGGGUGCAAAACAAGGUGGGGGGAGGUGAAAGAGGUUAGCUAGAAGGUGAUGGGGCAAACCAGGUGCAUUGAAAAGAUAAAGGGCUAGAGAAAGAAUCUGACAGGAGAGUGGAUCAUAAGAGAAAAGGAAGGUGGAGGGGAUCCAGGAGGAGGUGAUGGGCAUGUGAAAAGAGGUAAGAGGCCAGUGUGGAGAAUAGAAGAAGAGGGAAGAAAAGGGGAUUUCUAAAAAUAUAUUGGAAGGAGAAAUCGAUAUUCAUGCCAUCAGGUUGGAGGCUAUCAAGAUAAAAUAUAAGGUAUUGCUCUUCCACCUUGAGGAUGACCUCAUCUUGGUGUAAGAGGAGGCCGUGGACCAACAUGUCAGAAUGAGAAAGUGAAUCUGAAGUAAAAUGUUUGCCCGGCGGGAAGUUCUGUUUUUGGUGGGUGGAGUAGGGAUGCUCAACAAAGUGGUCCCCCAAAUUACAAUGGGUCACACCAAUAUAGAGGACACUGCAUUGGGAGCACUGGUCAUAAUAGAUGACCCCAGCAGAUUUGCAGAUUUGCCUCACCUGGAAGGACUGCUUAGGGCCCUGAAUGGAAGUGAGGGAGGAGGUGAAUGAGAAAAUAGGGCAGUUGGCCCACUUGCAAGGAUAAGUGCAGGGAGGGAGGUUAGUGGGGAGGGAUGAAUGAACAAGAGAAUCAUGGAGAGUGGUGGUAGGCAAGGACAAGAGGAACUCUAUCAUAGUUGAGGUGGCAGGAAGAUGGGGUGAGUACACAUGCUCAGGAAAUAGACGUGAUGUGGGUGAAGGUAGCAUCAAUAGUUGAGGAAGGGAAACUCCGUUCUUUGAAGAAGGAAGACAUUUCUGAUGUCCUGUAAAAGAAAGCCACAUCCUGGAAACCUGCAGUGAAGGAGAAGAAACUGAGAAAAGAGAAUAGGGUGGAAAGAGAUAACAGUGGCAAUCAGUAUAUAUAAGAUACAUCAGAGAUAAAAGAUGUUGUUGACAGUUUGUCUCCAGAGAUUGAGAGAUAGAAGGGAGGUAUCAGAAAUGGACCAAGUGAAUUUAAGGGCAUGAUGGAAGUUGGAGGCACAGUUGACGAAAUUGAUGAACUCAGCAUAGGUGCCUGAAGCAGCACCAAUGCAGUCAUCAACAUAACAGAGGAAGAGCUGGGGAGCAUUAUUGGAGAAGAUAUUGAACACGGUCUCUUUCAUGUAGCUAACAAAGUGUCGGGCAUAGCUAGGGCCCAUGCAGGUGCCCAUGGCUAUCCCUCGAGUCUGGAGAAAGUGGGAGGAGCCGAAGAAAACAUUGUUGAGGGUGAGGACCAGUUCUGCUUGAUGGAGGAGGGGGACAUGUCAAUUCUUUUAUUGGGAAAGAAGGGGAGAGCUUUGACACCUUAUUGAUGGGAGAUAGAAGUGCAUAGGGACUGAGCAACCAUGGUGAAAAUGAGGCCAGGGAAUUGAAAGUUACUGAGGAGAUUGGGAACAUGAGAAGCAUUGCGGAAGGAGGUGAGAAGGGACUGAACUAAGGGGGACAAAAAGGAGUCGAGGGAUAAGGACAGAGUUCAGGGGGGCAGGAGCAGGCAGAGACAAUAGGCCUACAUGGUGAGAUUUGUAGAUCUUGGAUAGGAGGUAAGAGCAAGCAGUGUGUGGUAAGGGAACUAUGAGUUUGGUGGCAGUGGACGGGUGCUCCUUUUUCAUCUCCUUUUGGUCAUACUUGCAUAUAAGUUUAAGUGCAAAAGCUUGCAUUUGAGUAUUGCUAGAUUGGGUAGUAAUGGUACUACAAUGUAUUCAAUCAUUUAGUAAUAAAUGUUGCAUGAUAUGGCCUAUUAAUUAUCUUCAAAUUUGUCUGUUUUUCCAAUUUUAUUUUGACCACUUUUGUAUACCAAGUAUUGUCCUCAUUCCAAAAGCAAAAGGAAUAAAUGUCUUAGAACCUAUGAGAAACUAAAUUGGAUCACAUCUCCAGAAAAGGAAAGGUUUGCAGUGCGUCAUUAGAGUUUACAAAUAUUCAGGUGGUUGAAAUUCAACAAGUUUCCACUUGGAAUCCAAGCAAUUGGGACACUAAUCUAGAAUGACUUAACAAAUGCAGUAAAGAAAUUCUACAAAAUAUUGCCCAAGGAAUAGAUUUGCUACUUUGAAAUAGCUACCACAGGGAUCAGUUGCAAUGAAUAGCAUAGAAUAAUCAGGAACUUGGUAAAUACACAAGUGACAAAGGAAUGGGUGGGAAUGUGAAUUAGAUGAGAUAAUGUAAGGUGAGAUGUGGGUUGCAUGCUGCCCAAAUCACUUAGGCUGUUUUGGAUGCUGUCAUAUAAUUCCAUGUAAAUUUCAAGGUAAUUUAAACUGUCUCAAUGGGCAUGAACUCCAAUUGCAUUAACUUGCAAAGACCAAUUGAUACUUUGCUGGCUACAAGUGCAUUAUACUUCGCUUAUGUUAGAACUUGACCAAAAAAAAAAGUUCAAUGAGGUGACCAGUAAUAGAA